ACAUCACAACCGGUGGUACACACACUUACCCGUCGAGUGGUGCCUUUUAGCAAACAGUGUAACCCUUCUGCACGAGGCCGUCCAAGCUCCAGCGGCAGAUCGCCAACCAAACAAAUUAUAAAGCUACCUACCUCCCACAUCCACGGAGAGACCCAUUGCCACCUCAAACGCUGACAACCUCAACCCCACAUACCACACACAGAGCUAUUUCAACCCCACCAUAUCAAAAAUGGCGCGUUAUACCUCUCAAUACAACAAGAACACCUCGGGACACUUUCCUCAGGCCAUCUGGCAGAAGGUCCGUGUUUCCCUGUUCAACGCUGACCGCGGAGAUACCGAUUCCGUCUUGAACCUCAUUCCAGCUGAGAAGGUUGUGGCAGUGAAGAAGCCAAGGGCCGUCCGCACUGGAGGAAACCCAGGUGACUUGUCCUUCCUAUUAUCGUCGAUAUAUGCUGACAUAAUCUCUUUUAGAUAUGUGCUUUGGUUCAUGCUGCCGAGGAUGAGAUGCGAGACGAUACGAUUUUUGGUCUGUUUUUUGGUCUGUUUUUUGAGCGAUGAUUACCCAUUGGCGCACUGGACUAAGUUGGUUUGCUUUGUUAGCGAUGGAUACACAGCGAUGAUAGUGAGAGCGAAACUACAACGACAUCCGUAGGGGGAUUUCAAAAUUAUACAAAGCUGAUUGCUCAUUCGGUGCAGUAUUUUAUGACGGCACCGUGCAUAUGCUUUUCAGAGGCCUAUUUGCUCAUGGAGAGGGCAUUGUUAACUUGCUAUAUCACAUACAAUAGAAUUUUAAUAUAUAUUUUGCAAGCU